UUUAAACAAUGUCUCAGAUGUGUAACUUAAGGAAACUUUAAUACAAAUGAAUUAUAAUAAUUCAAGUGUUGACAGGAAUUUAAAUCAUCCCAUUUGGCUUGAUAGUCAGAAAUGUACAAAUUAUACAUCCACUUCAAAAAUGAAUUAUACUCGAUACCCAAAUAGAAAACUUACUCCAGCUGCUACUUCAAUACGUCUUCGUCGUAAUGAAAACAAUUAUUAUACAAUAUCUGAUCAUCAGAGAACACCAAGUGCGCCAAAUAUAAGAUAUGAUUUACCAGUGUGUUGUCAGGGUGAUAAACAAGACUUUCGUAGACCUCGUCUAUUAAUACGUCGAAAAGAUUCUAUUCAACCUGCACCUUCUUAUAUAUUAUCUGAAGAUAAAUCAUUGUAUAAAUCUACAUUUACUGGACAAAUUGGUCCACGUCCAUCUAGAAUUCAACCAUGUGAACAAGGUAUAAAUGGUUUAGAGACAGCUCAGCAAAGAAUUAAAAACCUUCUUAAAAAUCAAGAUUUAACUAAUAUAAAUGAGGAGCUAUACAAAAAAAUGUAUCCUUUACCAAAUAAUUCCACUUACAAUAUUGACUUUAAAGAACAUAUUUUUCAAGAUACUCAUUCAGAAAAUACACUUCCAAAUAUUAAUUUUAAAAUGCAAGAUAAUUCAACUGAUUAUCGAGAAAAUUAUCAUUCAUGGAUUAAACCUCCAAGGAAUGAGGAAAUUAUGCAACGGAUUGGAUACAAUUGGAAACCUACACCCGCUGUUUAUCUUCCAGAAGACCCUAGUAAACAUGAACCAAUAGAAUCUAGUUCUGUGUAUCGAUCGAAUUUUAUUGAUUUUUCCAAAGAAAGGUUAACAACUAGUAUGAAACCUAGUCAAAAAGCAUGCUACUCUGCUAUUAAGGCAGAUAAAUUAUUGAAUAGUUUUGAUGGUAGACAAGAACGAAUUCCAAAAACAUUAUAUCGUGAUUCGUUUACGGGGUUACAUAAUGUAGAUAAUUGGAGUGAUAGACAUAUAUUACAAAACCAAUCGUCUAUUACAUCACGAACUGGUAGAUUUCAACAAAAUGAUGAUACAUAUUGGUUUGGUAUAGAUGUAGCACCAUUUAGAGACACAAAAGAAACAAUGUUUACAGAAUCAUGUUAUAUGGAGAAUCCUUAUGAAAAAUCAAAAGCUUAGAAAAAAAAGUAAAUAUUAUAUACAAAUGUGCACGUAAAAUUACAGAUUGGACAUUUAUAGUACGAUUCUAUGAAAACUAAAUUAUUAUGGAUUUAGUUUCUCAUUGGUAAACUAUUCAACUUUUAUUUUACCUUAUUUGAUUACUUUUACUUGUAAUAUUUGAUUCAAACA